AUGUGGGGCCAAAGCAUUGCCCCCACCCAUGGUUGGCGUGAAAGCUGCCUUGGUGCUACCCGCUUGCCACGAGCAAAUGCGCUGCAGGAGCUGUUGGAGAUCUUCCCGGAGGACCGGCAAUCGAUGCUGAAGGUGGCGGGUGAGCAUGGCAAUUGGCGCGAGGUCUUGGCUUUGCACUUGCAAUCUGUGGAUGACAUGCCUGCUGAAGAAAGAGGUGAGUCAUACUGCAACACAGCACGAGCCUUGGUCGGUGCGCAGCAUUGGCAGCAUGCCUUAAGACUGAUUGGAGAUUUCCGCGAGCGGGCUUCCCCUGCACUGUUUUGGUCGGGAGAGGGCGACCGAAGCGUCUGCCAGCUCUUGCUUUCCAUCCAUUCCCGCUGGGGCAGUUGGAAGGAAAUCAUGGAGGUUCUGCAGGAAGCACAGCUGUAUCCAGAUGCUGUCACCAGUGAAGAUCGAUCUUGUGCAAUGCAAGCUUUUACGAAGCUGGGUUCCUGGCAAAGGGCUUUGCAAGUCAUGGCUGACAAGAGGGCGGCGAUUGAAUGUGACAAAGAGAUGUACAUCGUGGGCAUGAAUGCUUGGGUUUCUGGCUAUCACUGGAGAAAGGUCUUUGACAUGUUACAGCAAAUGGAGCAGGAAAACUUGAUACUUGACGAGCAGGUGUAUGGGAGUGCCCUAGCUGCUUGCUAUUCUGUGGCCAAUGGUGAUUCGCUUGAAGCCGCCUCAGCGGCGAAGGCAACCUCCCUCCUGCUGCGUGACAUGCGGCAAAGAGAGCUGGGGGUUACAAGAAGGCAAUGGGACAUGGCGAUUAUGGCCAAUGCCAGGGCGGGGGAUCCCGAAGAUGCUUUGCGUCUUUUGCUGGAAGUCCGAGACCAGGAGCCUGAGAAAGGGAGAGAGCCUGCGGAAUCUUCAUUCGAACACUUCAGCAGAAGUUGCAUGCGCGCGUUUCGCCGAGCAGGUCACUGGAGGAACACGUUAGUGCUUCUGAAGGAGAUGCCACCUGACACCAAAAGUUUCGAGGAGGCAUUGAAAGCGUGCGCUGAGAACGGGAAAUGGCAAUGGACCAUGGAACUGAUGCAGCAGAUGCAGGAGCUGUUUCUUCCGGUGGAACAGACAACCUACGCAUCGCUGAUCAUCGCUUACUCAGCAGCCAAACAGUGGCGCCCAGCACUCUGGACCCUUGAUGUAGCAGAGAGAGGAGGGCGGGUCGCUGAGGUUGGGCUGCAGACCGUGAGCCUCUACAACAAAGUUAUCACAGCCUUUGUGAAAGAAGCAGCGUGGCGAAAAGCCAUGUGGCUACUACAUGAUAUGCCUGAGCGACAGGUGCAGCCAGAUGUGGUCACCUACGGGGCGGUCUCCUGUGUUUGCAACCGCGCCAGGCAGUACCUGUAUGCGUUGCAGCUUCACGAAGAUAUGGUGCGAAAGGAUAUCGAUCCUGACAUCUCAUCCUUCAAAACAGCUGUUGCGGCGUGUAGAGGGAAGAUGAAAUUGUUGCUGCAAGCUGCGCCCGCGGAAAGCCGGCGCCAGAAGCUGCUAUGA